AUGCUUCAGGGGUGUCAACAGAUAACGUGGCAUUUAGAAGAGCACCCAAUAGCAGAAACGGAUGGAAAUAUUGUUCUUUCGGACGAUCAGAGGCGACUGCACAUUCUGAAAUCGCGAAUAACAGAUGCUGGUAGCUACAAAUGUGUUGCAAGGAAUCCAGCUGGUGAAUCCACGAAGACGUUCCAUGUAGAAAUUGUCGUCCCUCCAAGCCUGGAUCAGAGCGUUCAUCGAAUGAAGCUGACAGUGCUUGAGAAUGAAGAUGUUGAAAUUGGUUGUCCGAUAUCGGGUAUGCCGGAUCCAGACAUUUCGUGGCUUGUCAAUGGACAACUGCUUGAGGAAGGCUCGACGAAACAAGGCGUAAUGCUUUCAGCAAGCAGAAAAUCGGUGCUAAUUGGAUCGGCUCAAUUGGAGCAUGAAGGGAUCUAUACAUGUGUCGGGACAAAUAAAGGCGGAAGUUUGGAUGUGGAUGUUCAUCUUACUGUGCUGGGUUAG